CGUGUUUCUGACAGCUCCCCGGCUCCAGGGGUUUGUGGCAGGCUCCAAGGGGCGGCAGCAUCAUUUAUUUCUGCAACGAAACAGAAGAAUGUGCUCAGUCGUGCUUCUCAGAAGCUCUGCAGCCUGUGGAGAGUGUGGGCAGUCUCUGUAUGCAGCAUCCUGGAAAAUGUGCGUUCCCUUGAAGAAGUGAUCUGCUGAAAAGCGUGUGCUUGUACGGUUGUUCCAGCCUGCCUUGUUGCAAUUGCGCUCAAGGUCUGAAAUGCCUGGUCUCUAAUACUUUCUGAGAUUUGCAUUUCUUCUGCUGAAGAAACGCUACCUGCCGCAGUUAUCCAAGGAGCCCUGAAGAGCAAGGACGCUGAAGAUGGCUCUCUGUGCUUUUUAUGCAGUUUGGGGUUUGUUACUGGAAGUGGCAGUAGCAUUUGGCCCAGUACCGAGGAUCACUUGGGAACACAGAGAGGUCCAGCUAAUACAUUUUCAUGAAUCAGAAGUGUCAAACUAUUCAACCUUGCUGUUAAGUGAAGACGAAGAUGUUCUGUAUGUAGGAGCCAGAGAAGUGAUCUUUGCAUUAAAUACAAUGAAUAUUGCUGAAAAGCAGCAUGAGUUACACUGGAAGGUCACUGAAGAUAAAAGAACUAAAUGUGCAGUCAAGGGCAAAUCAGAACAGACAGAGUGUCGUAAUUACGUGCGUGUCUUGCAACAGCUGAAUGAUACUUUUCUCUACGUGUGUGGAACUAAUGCGUUUCAGCCAACAUGCGAUUACCUGAAUUUAAUUUCAUUUGAACUUGGAGGUAAAAAUGAAGAUGGUAAGGGCAGAUGUCCGUUUGAUCCUGCUCAAAGCUAUACAUCUGUUAUGGUUGAUGAGGAGCUUUAUUCUGGGACUUCUUACAAUUUCUUGGGAAGUGAGCCUAUCAUUUCACGGCACUCUCAUCAGAGCCCUCUGAGAACAGAGUAUGCAAUACCUUGGCUUAAUGAGCCCAAUUUUGUUUUUGCUGAUGUCAUAAGAGCAGAUCAAAACAGCACAGAUGGAGAAGAUGACAAGAUAUACUUCUUUUUCACUGAGGUGUCUGUGGAGUAUGAAUUUGUUGGAAAACUGAUGAUUCCAAGAAUAGCUAGAGUGUGCAAGAGGGACCAAGGAGGAUUAAGGACUUUGCAGAAAAAAUGGACUUCCUUUCUCAAGGCCAGAUUGAUUUGUACCAUCCCUGAUAAGAAUUUAAUUUUCAAUAUUAUCAAUGAUGUUUUUAUUCUCAAGUCUCCAACAUUGAAGGAACCAGUGAUCUAUGGAGUCUUCACCCCACAACUGAAUAAUGUGGGUCUGUCAGCAGUGUGUGCAUACAAUCUGUCUACUGUAGAAGAGGUUUUCUCAAAAGGAAAAUAUAUGCAGAGUGCUACAGUAGAACAGUCUCAUACAAAGUGGGUACGAUACAAUGGGGAAAUUCCUAAUCCUCGACCUGGUGCGUGUAUAAACAAUGAAGCCAGAGCGUCAAACUACAUGAGUUCUCUGAAUUUACCAGACAAAACAUUGCAGUUUGUUAAAGAUCAUCCUCUAAUGGAUGACUCAGUGACUCCGAUGGGAGAUAGACCUCGACUAGUAAAACGAGAUGUGAAAUAUACCCAGAUUGUAGUAGACAGAGUCAGAGCACUCAAUGGCACCAUAUAUGAUGUUAUGUUCAUCAGUACAGAUCAAGGAGCCCUGCACAAAGCUAUCAGCUAUGAAAAUGGAAUGCACAUUAUUGAAGAAACACAGCUUUUCCCAAACUUUGAGCCAGUCCAAACUCUCUUGCUUUCAUCCAAAAAAGGCAGAAGAUACCUCUAUGCUGGUUCAAAUUCUGGUGUGGUUCAGUCUCCAGUGGCAUUCUGUGACAAGUAUACCACUUGUGUUGACUGUGUUUUAGCAAGGGAUCCUUACUGUGCUUGGAAACCCCUUGAAGCUUCCUGCAUUGAUAUUUUUAAAGAAAGUGAAAUUGAAAGGAACUGGAUUCAGAACAUAGGUGGAGAUGCGUCGUCUUGUUCUGAUAAAGUAAGAGAGAAUUCCCUACAGCAUACAUUCAAGCAUGGCAGCACAGCAGAACUCAAGUGUUCUCAAAAGUCCAAUCUGGCACAGGUAGUUUGGAAGUUCAAAGACGAUGUGCUGAGAGUGGAGAGCCCCAAGUACCGUCUGCUGGAAAAGGCGCUGCUCAUCUUCAAUUUAUCAGAAGGAGACAGCGGUGUUUACCAGUGUUUGUCAGAAGAGAAAGUGAAGAAUAAGAAAUUUUCUCAAGUGCUGGCUAAGCAUGUUUUGGAACUGAAAAAGAUCCAGCAUACCACGGUGGGCCCCACCGUGGCAGCUGCACCAACAGAAGCCUCAUCUCCUAUACCUUUCCCUCCUACUGGUACCUCCUUUUUGUCCUGUGUGGGAAGUGAUUCACCUCCUUCACCCACCAGUACCCAGCCUGAUGUUUGGUCUAGCACAGACCCUGUAAAGGUCAUGUUGUUGCCACCUUUCCUAAGUGACCAGGCACAGCAUGUUAGUGUCCGGGGACCCUUUCGCCUCUUCUGCCAAGCCACAGGUCCGGAUGACUCCUAUUUUGUCUGGAAGAAGAAUGGGCAGAAGAUGAAGGCAUGCAUCACUGAGCAAUCUCAUAUGCUGUUUGAUGGCAGAGUGCAUGUUCUGAGUUGGGUGAAAGAUUCAGUAUCAGAAAACACAGAAUAUAAAUGUUCAUUCAUCUCAAAAGUUGGGAACACAACAUCAGAAGUGCGCAUCACAGUGGAAGAUAAAGACAGUGCUGGUCAGGAUGGAUGGACCAAAGAAUUUGAUACGUGGAGAAGUGCCAUCAGUGAACAUGACAAGAUGAUGCAAAACUGGAGGAAAACAUGGGAGAGCUGCAACAAGAAAAACAGCCUCUAAUGGACACAGGAAUGAACAGGCUAGAAGGAGAAAUGUAUGCAAGUUAUCCAGUAUUCUUAAUAUCACAGCAUUCAAAGAGGUAUUUGUGAGUGCUAGUGCUGGCAUUAAAAUUGAUAUUCAGGAGAAUCACCUGAAGCUUGAGGUGGAAGAGGAUAUCCUUACUGCACCAAAGAAUAACUAAGUUACAUGCUACAAGAGAGGCCACCCAUCCCAUGCUGGAACUAUCUCUGGUUUUCUGAUGACAGUUAUUUCAGCUUAAUGAAGAACGAAAGUGGUCUCAGUAAGACUUGUGCUGCUCAAACAAUAUAUAUGAUGUAUGGCUUCUGUUUUGAGUUCAUUAAGCAAACCGGCUAAUUUUGGGCUUGAGCAUCUUGGCAUAUGAUUUAGAGAUUAAUAGGAUGUGGAUCACAUACAUUAAAAGGCACUUAAACUGGCCUAUUUAUUUUCUCUUCAUGUGUUUACCCUUAUACUCUGUUCCCAGUGUUUUGAAGAGCAUUCCUUUCUGGCAUCAGCAAGUUCAUUUGUUCAAACACAUUUCCUUUGGAAAUAAAGCUUCCGUACCAAAUAAAGAACUUCUGACUAAUGCUCAAAAUACAGAUAGAUUACAAAGCAUCUAAGUUAAAGCAGACUCUUUAGUUUUUGCAACUUAUUCUUCUAUAUUUGAGAUAACUGUAGUAGCUUUAAAAAAUUCUAUGUUGAAUGAAUUCUAAGACUUCAAUUGCAUCAAGUUCACAUAGUUCUAGUGGACAACGACAGAUUGAAAAUGGGAAGACCUACUUAAUCCACAGUGAAAUUGUUUUACUGCAGUGCUGUUCAGAGUUUUGUCCUUCUGCAUCUAAUAAACAUAAGUCUGAGGCAUAAUU